AAGCACAGGAUCAAACACUGGCACAAGCACAGGCUCGGACACUGGCACAAGCACAGGCUCGAACACUGGCACAAGCACAGGCUCGACCACUGGCUCAAGCACAGGCUGGAACACUGGCACAAGCACACGCUCGAACACUGGCACAAGCACAGGCUGGAACACUGGCACAAGCACAGGCUUGAACACUGGCACAAGCACGGGAUCAAACACUGGCACAAGCACAGGCUCGAACACUGGCACAAGCACAGGCUGGACCACUGGCUCAAGCACAGGCUCGAACACUGGCACAAGCACAGGCUCGAACACUGGCACAGGAACUGGCUGGAGCACUGGCACAGGCAUUGAAACAUCGAUGAGCCCAACUUUGACCACAACUUCAGAUCGUUUGGUAGCGUUGACCACAGGAACAGGAUCAAAAACUGGCACAAGCACAGGCUCGAACACUGGCACAAGCACGGGCUCCAGCACUGGCACAAGCACAGGCUCGAACACUGGCACAAGCACAGGCUCAAACACUGGCACAAGCACAGGCUUGAACACUGGCACAAGCACAGGAUCAAACACUGGCACAAGCACAGGCUCGACCACUGGCACAAGCACAGGCUCGACCACUGGCUCAACCACAGGCUGGAACACUGGCACAGGCACAGGCUCGACCACUGGCUCAAGCAUAGGCUCGACCACUGGCUCAAGCACAGGCUCGAACACUGGCACAAGCACAGGCUCGACCACUGGCUCAACCACAGGCUGGAACACUGACACAAGCACAGGCUUGAACACUAGCACAAGCACAGGCUCGACCACUGGCUCAAGCACAGGCUUGAACACUGGCACAAGCACAGGCUCGAACACUGGCACAAGCACAGGCUCGAACACUGGCUCAAGCACAGGCUCGAACACUGGCACAAGCAUAGGCUCGACCACUGGCUCAAGCACAGGCUCGAACACUGGCACAAGCACAGUCUCGAACACUGGCAAAAGCACGGGCUGGAGCACUGGUACAAGCACAGGCUCGAACACUGGCACAAGCAGAGGAUCAAACAAUGGCACAAGCACAGGCUGGAACACUGGCACAAGCACAGGCUUGAACACUGGCACAAGCACGGGAUCAAACACUAGCACAAGCACAGGCUUGAACACUGGCACAAGUACAAGCUCAACCACUGGCUCAAGCACAGGCUGGAACACUGGCACAAGCACAGGCUGGAACACUGGCACAAGCACAGGCUCGACCACUGCCUCAAGCACAGGCUGGAACACUGACACAAGCACAGGCUCGAACACUGGCACAAGCACAGGCUCAACCACUGGCUCAGGCACAGGCUGGAACACUGGCACAAGCACAGGCUCCAUCACUGGCACAAGCACAGGCUCGAACACUGGCACAAGCACAGGCUCAACCACUGGCUCCAGCAAAGGCUCGAACACUAGCACAAGCACAGGCUGGAACACUGGCACAAGCACAGGCUCGAACACUGGCACAAGCACAGGCUCGUCCACUGGCUCAAGCACAGGAUCAAACACUGGCUCAAGCACAGGAUCAAACACUGGCACAAGCACAGGCUCGGACACUAGCACAAGCACAGGCUCGACCACUGGCUCCAGCACAGGCUGGAACACUGGCACAAGCACAGGCUCAAAGACUGGCACAAGCACAGGCUCGAACACUGGCUCAAGCACAGGCUCGAACACUGGCACAAGCACAGGCUCGACCACUGGCUCAAGCAUAGGCUGGAACACUGGCACAAGCACAGGCUCGAACACUGGCACAAGCACGGGCUCCAGCACUGGUACAAGCACAGACUCGAACACUGGCACAAGCAGAGGAUCAAACAAUGGCACAAGCACAGGCUCGAACACUGGCACAAGCACGGGAUCAAACACUGGCACAAGCACAGGCUUGAACACUGGCACAAGCACAAGCUCAACCACUGGCUCAAGCACAGGCUGGGACACUGGCACAAGCACAGGCUCGAACACUGGCACAAGCACAGGCUCGAUCACUGGCACAAGCACAGGCUCGAACACUAGCACAAGCACAGACUCAACCACUGGCACAAGCACAGGCUCGACCACUGGCACAAGCACAGGAUCAAACACUGGCACAAGCAGAGGCUUGAACACUGGCAUAAGCACAGGCUUGAACACUGGCACAAGCACAGGUUCGAACACUGGAACAAGAACAGGCUCGACCACUGGCUCAAGCACAGGAUCAAACACUGGCACAAGCACAGGCUCGAACACUAGCACAAGCACAGGCUCGACCACUGGCUCAAGCCCAGGGUGGAACACUGGCACAAGCACAGGCUCGAACACUGGCACAAGCACAGGCUCGACCACUGGCACAAGCACAGGCUCGAUCACUGGCACAAGCACAGGCUCGAACAGUGGCACAAGCACAGGAUCAAACACUGGCACAAGCAGAGGCUCGACCACUGGCUCAAGCACAGGCUUGAACACUGGCACAAGCACAGGCUCGAACACUAGGACAAGCACAGGCUCGACCACUGGCUCCAGCACAGGCUCGAACACUGGUACAAGCACAGGCUCAAAGACUGGCACAAGCACAGGCUCGAACACUGGCACAAGCACAGGCAAGAGCACUGGCUCAAGCACAGGUUCGAACACUGGAACAAGAACAGGCUCGACCACUGGCUCAAGCACAGGAUCAAACACUGGCACAAGCAGAGGCUCGACCACUGGCUCAAGCACAGGCUGGAACACUGGCACAAGCACAGGCUCGAACACUAGGACAAGCACAGGCUCGACCACUGGCUCCAGCACAGGCUGGAACACUGGCACAAGCACAGGCUGGAACACUGGCACAAGCACAGGCUCGAACACUGGCACAAGCACAGGCUCGACCACUGGCUCAAGCACAGGCUGGAACACUGGCACAAGCACAGGCUCGAACACUGGCACAAGCACGGGCUGGAGCACUGGUACAAGCGCAGGCCCGAACACUGGCACAAGCAGAGGAUCAAACAAUGGCACAAGCACAGGCUCGAACACUGGCACAAGCACAGGCUUGAACACUGGCACAAGCACGGGAUCAAACACUGGCACAAGCACAGGCUUGAACACUGGCAGAAGCACAAUCUCAACCCCUGGCUCAAGCACAGGCUGGAACACUGGCACAAGCAGAGGCUGGAACACUGGCACAAGGGGAGGCUCGAUCACUGGCACAAGCACAGGCUCGAACACUAGCACAAGCACAGGCUGGAACACUGGCACAAGCACAGGCUCGAACACUGGAACAAGACCAGGCUCGAUCACUGGCUCAAGCACAGGAUCAAACACUGGCACAAGCACAGGCUCUACCACUGGCACAAGCACAGGCUUGAACACUGGCACAAGCACAGGCUCGACCACUGGCUCAAGCACAGGCUGGAACACUGGCACAAGCACAGGCUGGAACACUGGCACAAGCACGGGCUGGAGCACUGGUACAAGCACAGGCUCGAACGCGGGCACAAGCAGAGGAUCAAACAUUGGCACAAGCACAGGCUCUACCACGGGCACAAGCACAGGCUUGAACACUGGCACAAGCACAAGCUCAACCACUGGCUCAAGCACAGGCUGGAACACUGGCACAAGCACAGGCUCAAACAAUGGCACAAGCACAGGCUCGAUCACUGGCACAAGCACAGGCUCGAACACAAGCACAAGCACAGGCUGGAACACUGGCACAAGCACAGGCUCGAACACAAGCACAAGCACAGGCUCGACCACUGGCUCAAGCCCAGUCUGGAACACUGGCACAAGCACAGGCUCGACCACUGGCUCAAGCCCAGGCUGGAACACUGGCACAAGCACAGGCUCGAACACUGACACAAGCAGAGGAUCAAACAUUGGCACAAGCACAGGCUCGAACACUGACACAAGCAGAGGAUCAAACAUUGGCACAAGCACAGGCUCGAACACUGGCACAAGCACAGGCUUGAACACUGGCACAAGCACGGGAUCAAACACUGGCACAAGCACAGGAUCAAACACUGGCACAAGCACAGGCUCGAACACUGGCACAAGCACAGGCUCGACCACUGGCACAAGCACAGGCUUGAACACUGGCACAAGCACGGGAUCCAACACUGGCACAAGCACAGGCUCGACCACUGGCUCAAGCACAGGCUCGAUCACUGGCACAAGCACAGGCUCGAACACUGGCACAGGAACAAGCUGGAGCACUGGCACAGGCAUUGAAACAUCGAUGAGCCCAACUUUGACCACAACUUCAGGACCAUCAACUCACACCAUUGACAACUGUAGUGUGGAGAUACAGACAGGGGAGACUUCAUAUAGCGGUUUUGUAUUUUUCCUCUGCAACUUUGACAGGCUGGGCAUCAGUACUUUACAGUAUCAAACAUACUGGUUUGUCAACGGCAUUUCAGUUUCCAUCAAAAGCAUUGCCCCGUGGACUGACAACUUUGUGAACAGUUCCCGGUUGACUGAAGAUGAUCUUAAAGGUUCAGGGUUCACCAAGUUUGGUUUUGAUGUGCGGUGUAGUGUCAGAGUACGGGACACAGCUGAUGGCUUCCCGGGACCGACACGAACGAGUUCGCCUCAAUUUGCAGGAAUAAAGAUAGUGAAUCCGACCAUAUCUGUAAAACAAGGUCAAACAAAAUCUCUGUCUGUAACUUCAACAGUUCCAAUCAAAUGUGGCACAUUGUUUAACGACUGUAGAGUCAGGUUGGAAGUAACAGCUCAAAACUCCGAAGACAACACAGAAUGUAAGCCAGAAGCAUUUGUACAGACAGACUGCAAUGUGCCCCUGCAAUAUGCCAACGUGGAAUAUAAUAUUACUGUCCUUGGAGAAAUAAUUGUGGAUAAUGGCGAAUUUAAUGGCUUAACAAAAUUAACUCUGACAACUAUAUCCAACGAGAUGCCGUUCUUUUCGGAUUAUGAAGUUGGGAUAGCUUCGGUGGAGGUGACAAAGGACAGCUCUUCAAAUAUCAACGUUGGGAAGGCAUGCCAUGCUGUGUGUGAUCCUCACAUGCUGACUUUCGAUGGCAGAUACUACGAACACCAGUUUACAGGUCACUUUGUUUUGUACAAGAACUACGAGCAUAACACCGAGGUACAAAUGUCAACCACUCCCUGUUAUUAUAGACCAAGGUGUCCAUGUGCCAUAGCUGUAAGGUCGGGACGAACUGUCUUCCGCCUUGACCGGUGUGCUGGUGAAAUAGCACCCUGGGAAAUCGGGUUUGCUUCAUGUGGAGAUCACCUUGGGGACAUGAUCGUGAAAAAAAGGGGAUCUUUGUAUGAGGUAUUUUUGCCUACCGGAACAACUAUCAAGGUUUACUUACAAAGACUGUAUCUGAAUGUGUACAUCUAUCCAUCCGUCGAUGAUAUAAACCAUACAUCCGGGCUGUGUGGAACACUGACUGGAGACUGCUCAGAUGACUUUAAACUGAAGAAUGGGGCUUAUUCGACCGCACCAAAUGCAGGAGCUCAGUGUUCCGGUGCUGGAUUCUGGGAAACCUUUCAAGACUUUUCAAGUUCAUGGAGUCUGGAUAGGAACAAGUCCCUGUUUGACGACGAUGUUGUAAACGGCUUGGACGCCAACACGAAUGUUUCUUUCUCCUAUUGUGGGUGUAAGCCUAACGAAGAUCCCUCUUCAACUUCUGGGCAGAACAGCAUUGUAUGUUCUGCGAACAAAGCAAAGCAGUGCAUAUACCCACCAAAUUUCACAGGGGUAACUCAAACGAAUCGAUGUUCAAUCAGUAAAAAAAAGAAGAAGAGAUCAGCUGACUUAGAACCAGUUCCUGUUAUACGGAAGCGAAGGUCAACAGGAUGGACAGAGCAGACAGCACGUGCCUACUGUGAAGGCCUCUUUAAUGUUUCUACUGCCAUCACCACGUGUCAAAACAUAGAUGAAACAAGCAUAGAGCAGAGUAAAGAGGACUGCGUUUUGGAUAUACAGCUGACGGGCGAUACAUACUUCUCCGACAUGGCCGUGGAGACAGCAAAGGAACAAUGUGGCAGAAAGGUCAUGAUGAACGCCACAGUCGCUGCUAGAGCUGCUGCAGCGAAUGAAAGCAACGAAAGACCGUGGGAGCAGUUUCAGCGGGUCUCCUGCACCAACGAAUGUAGUCACAGAGGAACGUGUGUAGAAGGCGAAUGUCAGUGUAAGACUGGCUAUGGAGCCUUAGACUGCUCUGUAGACAUCUCUGAACCGCCAAAAACAUUUGGCCUGAGGGAGGACGGUGUCUGCGAUGUUGCCUCUCACCCCUGCAACGCCAGCCACGUGCUUACAGAGUAUAUCGUGGAGAACAGUUACAGUAAUUGUCGCACUAGAUUCUUCGAGAUAGACAACAACAAUACCAUAACCUAUGGUGAAGUUUUAACUCGGACACUCGAAGUGGAAAGCUUUGCUGAAGGCGUCUGUUCUCUGCCUGCUGCCCGUCUUGAAGUUAGCGUCUCCAUCACCGUUGCCCGUGGUUACCUGGUGUCAGUCUCCAAUAAUGGUCAAACAUUCAGUGAUGAAAGUCCAGUCGUCAUCUUCAACUCAACAUGUCAGGAGUGUGAUGUCAAUAACAACGUCGUCACUUGCAGCUUUGUGAGCCAGGCCUGUAAGAAUGGUGACAUCUGUGUUCCCGCCGGUUCCCCUCACCCACUCGAUAACUGUCACGUGUGCUCAGAUGGCCAAUGGGUAUCGAGUACAGCGUUUGAUAAGAGGUGUAAUCCGGACAAUAAUGUGUGGAUAAUUGUUGGUGCUCUUGCUGGGGCACUAGUUCUUGGCCUGUUGAUUGCGUUGGCCAUGUGGAUCUUCUUACAUUUCAGAUCGCCGCCAACAUCAAAUUCAUCUGCAGCAAGAAAGAACUGACGGAACAUAACUGGGAAACCGUUAAAUAUUUUAUUACGAAACUAUGUACAUGUAUCAAGCACAUGCUGAACUUGUGGCUUUUUUUUGUUUUGUAUUUCCGAAAAACAAUUUUGUGUUUGGAUUUAAACUCAAUACUCGUAGCAUUCGUUUCCGGAACAUAACUCGGAAACCAUUUGAUAUUUUAUUGUGAAACAUUGCAUAAGUUUCAAACACAUGCUGAACUGGUGCCUUUUGCUGUUUCCUUGGCAACACGUUGGACUUAACAGGUUUCUUACAUAACCAAAGAGUAACUUAGCAAUCAGGUGGAUUGUGUAUUUCUGAAUCAUGUAUCCAUUAUUGUUUUCAUAUAUUAUCCAUGAAACGUUAUACCUAUAUUAACACAGUACUGAAACUGUUAUGCUAUUUUUGAUUUUGAAGUGGAUUUAGGGUUGUCUGAGAACCGUUACCAAAAUUACCUAAUUGACAUGUUUGUGUGAAUGGUGAAACAAAACCACUACAGUGUAUAUACAAGUGGCACCCAUACAAGCCUACUUUCUCCUGAUGGAUUUAACAAUUUACUUCGUGCUUGCAAUCAGGCCAUUCACAAAACAUCUCUGCACUGAUGGCUUAAUGGUUUUUUUUGUUCUGGAGUUACCCUCCGUGUACAUUCACUACAGAAUGAACAAACAAAAUACGAAUGCACCCGAUGGCGGGGAAUAUUGAUAACGCUGUUUUCUUGUUCUAUUAAUCAAUGACAUGUCAAAAUUAAAUUGUAACCCGGGCCACGAGGCCUCCAAUACUGAAUAAACUAUAUCUGUCAUAA